AAACAUUAGCGGUUAAAGGUCGCCAUGAACUGUAGUCUAUAUAUAGCCAACACUAGUCGGUUUCUAAGCCAGGUUUCUUAAGCUUUCUCUAAAAAUAUUAAAUAAAUAUUAAUUAGAAUAUUUUACAAUGUUAUUGUGGAUGAUGUACACUAUGAUAUAGGCUGGAUUAGAGGAUAACUGUUUGGUGAUGGACACCCAACACAUGAAAAACAAGGACAUCCUCGUGUUGCCAAGGGUUGAGGAUCACCCUCAUGGAACUCAGUAGGAACCCAGACUCAGCUGUAGGAGACACUGCUCCAUGGUCUUGUAAGGAACAAGCAGGUCUAGCGCCCCCCUAAGUUGACAGUCGUAACCCUUCAUCCAACCCACGGGGACAGGACCGCUGCUCUGUCAGUUUCUUUCCCCGCUCUUGAGCGCCGGGCGAUGCGGUGCUGAGCAGGCGUGAGCAUCGUGAAGGACACACGAACGGACACACUUGCCCGCUACGGAAGAGAGCACCACUUACCUGUUGAACACGUCAUGACUGAGGCCUGCUGUGACUCACUGCUACAUUGCUAGGGGAUGAAAGAUGGAGUAGUAUGGUGAACAGAAGAAAAACAGGCAGUCCUGCUAAUGUUCCACCAGCUGAGCUUCUAGCUGUAACCCCUCCAGGUGGUCCUCACUUCAACAUCAUGCUGCACCUCAUCCUGCUCCUCCACCUCCUGCUCCUCUCACCCUCCCCUGCAGAUGGAUCCAUGCACGGGGAGGUCCCUGACUUCUAUGGAGACGAAGCCACAGGUUACGGGCCAGUGUUUGAGGAGCAGCCGGUGGAUACCAUCUACCCAGAGGAGUCGCCCGAGGCAAAAAUCACCAUGAGCUGCCGAGCUCGGGCCAAUCCACCUGCUACAUACAAGUGGAUGCUGGAGGGCACAGAAAUCGACUUGAAUGCCGAGGCCAGCCACUACAGUCUAGUCGGGGGAAACUUGGUAAUCAGCAACCCGGUCAAAACACAACAUGUAGGACAGUACUCGUGUUUGGCGACAAACAUGUACGGCACGCUCAUCAGCCAAGAGGCCUCAGUCCAGUUUGGAUAUCUUGAUCUUUUCUCUUCAGAGGAGAGGGAGUCGGUGUACGUCAAAGAGGGGCAGGGGGCAGUGCUGCUCUGUGCUCCCCCGCCACAUUAUCCAGCCGAGCUUUCAUUCCGAUGGAUCCUCAACGAAUUCCCCACCUUCAUCCCGCUGGAUAAGCGGCGUUUUGUCUCCCAGAUAACAGGGAACCUCUAUAUCUCCAAAGUUGACUCCUCGGACAGCGGCAACUACUCCUGCAUCGCAUCCAGCCCGUCUAUUUCCAAGAGUGUCUUCUCCAACUACAUCCCCCUGGUACCUCUGGCUGAACGUCCCAUCAGGAAGUACCCUGCUGACCUGAAAGUCAAGUUCCCAGACACCACCGCGCUGGUGGGGCAGAAUAUCACCUUAGAGUGCUUCGCCUUGGGAAACCCUGUCCCUGAGAUCCGCUGGAAGAAGUUAGGCGGGCAGCUUCCAGCCAAUCACGAGGUGCGGAUGGCCGGAGCUCACCUGCACCUGUACAACGUGCAGUUUGAGGACGAGGGGACCUACCAGUGCGAGGCUGUGAACUCCAAAGGGAAGGACUACCAUGCUGCACGUGUGUUUGUAGAAGCUAAUCCUGAGUGGGUGGAGCACAUCAGCAGCAUAGAGAAAGACCUCAACAGUGAAUACACCCUGUCCUGCAUACCCAGUGGCAAACCUAAACCACGCAUCCGCUGGCUAAAAAAUGGAGAACUGACUGACAGGAGAGAAAUGAGGUUCAGCAGCUUGACGUUUGACGACUCAGGGAUGUAUCAGUGCAUAGCGGAGAAUCUUCAUGGAAUCAUAUACGCCAAUGCAGAGCUGCGUGUGUUCGCCUGUGCUCCAACGUUCAAACACAACCCGCUGAAGAGAGUCCUGGCAGCGAGAAACGGCCGGGUGGUGAUACAGUGUCGACCCAAAGCGGCUCCAAAGCCGAGCUUCUCCUGGAGCAAAGACACAGAGCUGCUGUCCAACUCAACCAGGGUUUUCAUCUGGGAGGAUGGGAGUCUGGAGAUCCUCAACGUGACCCGUGCAGACGAAGGCCGGUACACCUGUUUCGCUGAGAACGACAGAGGAAAGGCCAACAGCACUGGCGCUCUGCUGGUUACAGAGUCCACAAAGAUCACCUUGACUCCAUCUAACGCUGACGUCAAAGUGGGUGAGACCACUUGGAUGCAGUGCGGCGCAUCACAUGACCCCUCUCUGGACAUCACAUUCAUUUGGUCCCUGGACGGCCGAGUGAUUGAUCUACACAAGGACAGUCAACAUUAUGAGCGCACUCUGAACGGAAGCUCAAACGGCGAGCUGAUGAUCAAGAACGCCCAGCUGAAGCACGCUGGGCGCUACACCUGCAAUGCACAGACCCACGUUGACAACAUCACCGCCUCCGCCCACCUGGUUGUCAGAGGUCCCCCCGGUGCCCCAGGUGGGGUGCGAGUGAUGAACACAACUGACAAGACUGUGACACUGCAGUGGAGCCGCGGGGCAGACAACCACAGCCCCAUUUCCAAAUAUACCAUCCAGUACAGGGACUCCUUCUCUAAGGAUGUCUGGAAGACCGCCACUACAUCUCCUACAGAUGUAGAGGGGAACACAGAGAAGGCCACAGUGGAGGAUCUGUUCCCCUGGCUAGAGUACGAGUUCAGGGUGAUCGCCACCAACACUCUGGGGACAGGAGAGCCAAGCAGUCCGUCACCUAAAGAGAAAACCCUGGAAGCAGUUCCUGUGGUGGCGCCCUCGGACGUUGGCGGGGGCGGAGGGACCAGCAGAGAGCUGAUCAUCACAUGGACGCCUGUACAGCCACAGUACUACUACGGGCCUAACUUUGGCUACAUUGUGGCCUUUAAACCACAAGGCGAAAACGAGUGGAUGAAGGUGACGGUGGCAGACCCCCAGGCUCAGCGCUACAUCCACAAAGACCCCAACAUCCCUCCGUCGACAGAGUAUCAAGUGAAAGUCAAAGCGUUCAACAACCAAGGAGAGGGACCCUUCAGCCUAACAGCUGCCAUCUAUUCAGCGCAGGACGCUCCAUCUGAAGCUCCGGUGAGUGUCGAUGGCAGAGCUCUCUCCGCUACAGAAGCCUUCGUGUGGUGGCUGCCUCUUCCGCAAAGCAAUAUAGACGGAUAUCAGGUGAAGUACUGGAGGAAUCAAGUUGAAAGUGAGGGGGAAGCCCAGAGGGUGAAGGUAUCUAGCAGGGACAACCACACCAGGUUGGAUGGUAUGGAGCCUGACUCUUCCUACUUUAUAGAGGUCCGGGGCUUCAACUCUGCAGGAUAUGGGCCGUCCAGUGAACGCCUUCAAAUACAAACCAAGAGACCCCCUCCAAAUCAAGCCCCAAGAAUAAUUAAUCAGAAGUUUAAGGCUGCAUCAGUACACAUCACCUGGGAGCGUGUGGAACCACUGCCUCACGAGGCACCUGUAGAUGAGUACAAAGUGCUGUUCACUGAGGAAGGCCAAUCACAAGCCCUCCUGUACUCCACCCCUAAACUGUACAUAGAGCUGGCCCUAAAGCCAGACAAGAGCUAUGUGGUGGAAGUCCGAGCGCACACUGAGGGAGGAGACGGGCCGGUGUCCAAAAUCAGCAUCGCAGGAACCCAAGGCUACAGAAGUGGAGAUGUCAUGGCCGCCCGGUCUCUCAGUGUACUCCCCCUGCUCCUGGUGGCUCUCCUCUGCCUGAACCUCUGAAUGUAGCGCCAUCUUUGUCUUCACUUACAGUGAAGGAGACUCUUAAAGGUUGACGCCUAUGAGGACUUUGGGACUCUUUCCACAAACUUCUGGUUCCACCCUAUAAACCCGUCAUAUUCCAACUCCUCCCCCCUCGUCUGGAAUAUGUUUGUGGAAAUGGAAAAAAAAAAAUUGGAAAUGGACAAAGACAUCCCUUAUUUAUCCACGAAAAGCCUCUCUGGAGGAGUGUCAAAGGAGUUCUGUCAACUUUUUAAAUAUGCCUUAUAUAAAUGGCCGCACUUAUCUUUCACCAGAACUUGUUUGAAAAUGGAUCACGACUGCGAGUGUGAGCAGCGCACUCUGAGGAGGCUUGAGUUGAGUCUUUUUACAUCAUGAAGUCAACUUUUCUCACUCUGUCUGGAAAAGUGGGCUUCAUCCGAUCCCUGAUAUUUCAGUGCAUUCCAUAGUACAAGGUGAACAAGUUGCUGUGAAGGAUAAGUGUACUCGUUUAUAAAAAUGUCUAUGUCUUUCUUUACUUGCAGUUCAGUGGCAUUUUCUUUUCUUUUAUAAAUGAAGCACACCCUUUGUUACAGAGAUACAGUCAAAACAAAUCUCAUCUUUGAUUUUAGGAACAAACAUAAAAGAGUAAAGAGCCAUUUAUGCCAUGCUGAAAUAAUAUAACCAAUAAUUCUUGUGUUUUUUUUAUCUAAUAUAAUGUGGAUGUUUUUCCAAGAACAUUUUGGAUCUGCAAUCAAUGCUUAUCUUCAAAUCAUAACAUGAGCUCUAUUAAUACGACACCACUUUCAGAAAUGUGUGCAUGUUGACAUUUUUACAAGGAAGAGAUGGUUCAAAAACAAGUGAAGGCACAUUGAUCCACGUUUGCAGAGCUGAAUGUAAAGGGAGCGAACAGAACAUAUCAAAUGUGCAGUCUUCAAACGCAAAAUUGCAGCAAACAAUGUGACCGUGGAAACUUGGAUCAUGUUGGUGAACAAAUUGCAGAAAUGUAACGUCUGCUGUAAACAUCUAGGUCAAUAUUUGGGAGGACAAACUAAACUCAAUCUAAAAGACUAACUUUUGUUUUGACUGUAUCGUUAGGACCUCAGUGGUACCAGCUGGUGCUUUGUAAAGAAUGUUGGCAUUUUAAUUCAUGUAAACAUUUUCAUUUCUCUUUUACGGCUUUGUGUGAGAGUCUCUAUUAACAGUCUCGGUGAACGAUAGCGACACUCAUGCCCUCCAAUAAUCGUGCAAUGUUUGACUCAUCUGUUGCUACUUCAUGUUUUCUAAUAAGACAACUUGCCUAGCUCCUUUAACAGUGAUCUAGUCUGUUCUGUUUUUCAUUUUUAUGGUAUAAACAGAAGCAUAAACAAAGCCAUCCAUGUCAGCGGUGGUUUUUUUUCUAAAGCUCUGCUGCGCUCUAUUUGUCUUUUUAUUAACGUGUUCAGAGAUAUAUAAACAUUUUCAACUGUUGUUGUUUUUUCUUUUUAUGAUUAUUAUAUUUGUAUGUCAUGUCCCACCUCUAGCUGGACAGUUUUAGGUUGAUUUCCCUCAUAUGGAGGAACAAAUGCUGUGUUUUUAUCUCCUCCCAUUCAUUUCUCAUGUGAUGAUGCUGGCCAUGCUUCGACAUUGUGACUAUAUCAACAUCCACCACAAAGUGCUUUUCCCCCGUUUUCCUUCAUGCGACAAAUCAUAAAAAAAAAAGAGUUGCCAAAUGCAUGAAUGCCUUGAACUUUGACAUUUUGGACGAAGCAGCAGCUCUACAUUUUAACAUGCAUGACAUUGGAGACGAAACGGUACGUUACUUUGCAACAAAUCGACAUCAUAGCAACUUCUCUCAGCUUCAUGUGAAAAACAUUCCAUUCCUGAGUGACAUCCCUUUACGUCAGAGAGCGAGUAGAUGUAAGCCUAAUACGUACAUUAGCUGCUAAGCUUCAUUCAGCCUGUCAUCUCAUGUGAAGCCUCGGGGAGACGAUGAUUUUUUUUAGAGAGAAAAUCUUAAACUGACUAAAGGAAUCUCACUCAUAAAGUUCAGAAAAGGUCCUGCUGACCCGCACACACGAUGGUUUGGGGUUUGAUAGCAUCACUGGUGGCAGUGGCGGCAUGUUUGGCUGUUAGCUGAAGUUCAGCGCUAUGCUGGAUUUCAUGUGAGGGAUGAAACUGGAAACUCUCAUUGGCUGGAAAAGGAACAAUAAAAGUGUAGUUAACUAUUCAA